AUGGCCGCUCCAACAAGCACACCCGGUAUGAACGAAAAGCCUACGAUUGUCGCUCACAUUCCAGAGCAGGAGAUAACACCCGACACACCACCGUACUCCAUCUUUACUCCCGGCGAGAAACGAUGGAUCGUCUUCCUGGUCGCAUAUGCGGGCCUCUUCUCCCCUCUCAGCAGCUUCAUCUACUAUCCCGCACUGUUCAGUCUUGCUGAGGAUUUGAACAUCACGUUGACAAUGGCCAAUCUAUCGAUCACGACAUACAUGAUUGUAUCUGGAGUAGCGCCUUCCAUCCUAGGUGACAUGGCUGAUACCAUCGGCCGUCGACCAUUGUACCUAGUCGCUAUACUCACAUAUACCAUUGCCAAUGUGGGGUUGGCUGUUCAAAGAUCGUAUCCAGCGUUACUAGUGCUACGGAUGCUUCAAAGUGCUGGCUCGAGCGGUACGAUAUCUUUUGGUUACGCUGUCGUUAGCGACAUUGCCACUCCUGCUGAAAGAGGCGGAUUUGUCGGAACAAUUCUACUGGGCCCGAACGCAGCGCCCAGCAUGGGUCCUGUCUUAGGUGGCAUACUCGUCCAAUACGCUGGAUGGCCUUGGAUCUUCUGGACCCUUGCGAUACUAUCCAGCAUCAACCUUUGCAUACUCGCCGUUACGCUACCAGAAACCGCUCGGAAGAUUGUAGGAAACGGAUCAAUCAUGCCUACACGACUCUUAAACAGGUCUUACCUAACGCACGCAAAGCUCAAGUCGAACAACUCAUCAACAACAAGCUUUGGAGGCGAAGCUCACGUUCAACCGAUGCGAUGGCCCAGCCUCAAGCCCUGUUUCAAAGCACUCUGGCAGAAAGAGAACGCAUUGAUCAUGCUCAUCAACGGCUUAUUCUACAUGACUUACUGCUGUGUUCAAGCGUCGCUAUCAACCCUGUUCAUAACAAUUUAUGGCUUCGAGGAACUGUAUGCUGGCCUGAUAUACAUCCCAUUCGGGGUUGGCUGCGUCUUGGCUUCCUACACUUGCGGCUAUAUCAUGAACUGGGAAUACCGCAGAGUCGCCUCUGGUUUGGGUUUCGCAAUCGAUCGAACACGCGCCGACGAUCUUCUAGACUUCCCUAUCGAGAAGGCUCGCUUGCGCGCCACAUACUUCUACAUGAGCGUUGCAGCUGCGACGACAAUCGGCUAUGGAUGGGCUUUAGAUAACCAUACGCAUUUCGCCGUGCCACUGGUUUUGCAGUUCUUCAUCGGCGCCUCAAUCACCGGUGUGUUCAAUGCUUGUGGAACUUUACUUGUCGACGUCAAUCCGAUUCGACCUGCAACAGCUAGUGCGGCCGCCAAUUUGUUUCGUUGCCUUCUUGCAGGCGCAGCUCUGGCAGCCUUGGACGUCAUAAUCUCAAAGCUAGGAGCUGGAUGGACCUUUACCCUAUUGACAGGGCUCACUUUACUAUCUGUACCCAUGGUUGUUCUAUUACAGCGCUCUGGCAGGAAUUGGAGACAGAAAAGCCAGAGUCAGUCAUUACAUCGCUAG